AUGGUACUGACUCUCCAUUUUAGAGGUCCUGCCAAGGGCUACAUCGAAGGCCUUGAGCACCGUCUCCACGAAGCCGAAUCACUUCUCCUUGCACUUCUACCCACCGUCUCGACAGAGCAGCUAAAACGUGCAACCGACUCGUUAGCUGACGGUCCGUCCACCAUAAAUAUUCCGGGACUGAAAACUCGCGACUCACAAUCACCCGGUCCCCAUGCUAUGCGGAGCAGUCCCCCUGUCCUCAACAAGAAGACAGGCAUCGAUUAUUGGGAAUCAUUCCCUCUCGACACUGUCGAGAAUAUUCGCAAAUGGCAGAAUGACUGUGCCGCGCACUCCGGUGCCGCCAAUGGCCAGACUCAAUCCUUUAGGAACUCAAUCGAUGACUCUCACUCACAUACAAACAUCCUCGCCGCCAUCAAUCACGCCGCCAGUCACUCGCGACCUGCCUCGGUCGACCUCUCCCGCAAUAGUCAUGGCCACAACCACUCGCAUUCACAAUCCGCCCCGUUCCGGUCCAUGAGCAGCGACUCCUACCGCUCCGGCGCCAGCACCCCUAUACACAUGCCUCAACACUCUCAUUCGCAACCAUCCCUCCCCACCACAUCCGGCUCCCAACACCAAUCAAAUCAACAGCAAACGUCAACGCCGAACUGGCAAUCCCUCACCCUCUUCUCACCAAACACCACCACAAGCUCACCUAAUGUCACGUCAAGUCCUUCUGCGGGCAACAGCGGCGGUGUCGGUGCCGAAGCAUUAUUACUGCAGAGCUUCGCCGACUCGAGUUGGGUACAGGCGCAGACGAUGAAUAGCGCAACGGGCAUGAGCGGGAUGGGAAAUGGUUUGCCCGUCGAAAGUGGGCCGAUGGAGGUGGACACAGGUUUCUUUUCGAGUGACAUGCAGAGACGGUUAUUCUGGUAG